AUGCAAACACUCGACGUGGAAUACAACGUCCACAGCAAAGUCGAAACGUUGCUGUACGACAAGACCGAGGCGACACAAUUGUGGACAAUCCUGCUGAUGUACAACGCAGCCCAAGAAAACAAUCGCGAAGUCUUUCAAGGGCUUAUCGCCACAUCGAGGGCCAAGUUGCAAUACUUUGUGGACAACAGAAACAAGUGCGCUAUUCGUACGGCUACCACGGUGGACGAUCACUCGCGAGCGUUGGAUGCCCAUAGUGAAUCUGCGUUUUCCUUCGAUCAAGAUUACGAUCCACAGUCCCAGAAGACGAUCACUUGCGUCGUUACGUGGCAACAUUGA